GUAGAUGAAGUAGAUUUGCCAGGUGGCCCAGAGAAAAAAUAACGGACAAACCCAGUGUUUCCGUCUGCGGCGAUUUGACUAUUGCUGGAAGAGUGCUCAGACUCGGGUCUUCGGGUCUCGUCGCCUACCUAAUUGCUUGAAUCAGGCAUUGUUUGCUAUAGGCUACUGAAACUGUGCUGCCUUGAGUUCCGAGCUGUCUGCAGCUGCAGGGAUAGCGAGCUCGUCUCAAAUUUGGCCACGGCCAUUCUCCGCAGCAUUGCUGGUAUAAAGCUGGUGGCAAGGUUGCGAGCCCUUGUCAGUGACGGCGUAUCUUCUUCAGCUCGUUACCGUUUGGCUAGCACUAGCAGACGCGACAUGCCUCAGUCAUUCAAAGUCGUGUCUCUCCCUUCGCCAGGAAUCAGAGCAGAGCCAGUGCUCGCAGUGAUAUACGACGACAAGCGGUAUCUCUUUAAUUGCGGCGAAGGAACACAGCGCCAGCUUCUGUCAAAGGGCUUAUCUAUCAAGAAAUUUACAAACGUAUUUCUAUCGUCCAGCUGGGAUAGUUUUGGCGGAUUAGCUGGGCUUCUCCUCGGUCUCGCGACCGAGAAUGGCUAUCCGCAGAUAGCGCUCCAUGGCCCACAGAAUCUGGCCUACUAUCUCGCAACUCUUCGUGCGGGCCUGCAACGGUUUCACCGCUACACAGAUGGCGCAGACUUUCAAAUUGAGGAGUACACACAGUUAUUGCCUCAGCCAUUUGAAGACGCCAAUGUAAAAAUACAAGCAAUUUUGACCCAACCAAAGGGUUUUGGCGAGAUUGACCGGCCAGCCUCAACAUCGGAAGCGGAACUUAAGCUCAUGCAGUCUGUCGCGCGGUCUGUCUGGACAGGAGAGAUCAGUGGACUCAACGCCCAGGGUGAUUGGACCGCUCUGGCGGACCCAAACCAGGAUACCACAGCAACGCAAAAGAAGAGGACGUUUGAAGAAAUGCAGCAAGAAUCUUCAGAAGCUGAUCGAAGGGAGUCGUUCUAUGGUCGAACAGGACUUGACCGGGACAAGUAUACCGCUUUCAUCAAAUUGAUGCAUAAAGACCUGCCAACUGCGACGCCGUUCCCAGCAACUGUCUCCUACUGUAUAGAGGGACAACCACGGCCGGGAAAGUUCGAUGUUGCUCGUGCGAUGGCACUUGGGGUCCCAAAAGGGCCACUCUAUGGGAAGUUGCAGCAAGGCCAGUCAGUCUAUUUGCCUAAUGGCACGGUCGUCCAUCCUCACGAAGUACUCGGGCCACGGCGUCUAUCUGCACCUGCACUCAUCGCAAAUUGCCCCUCGGUCGACUAUAUUUCCACCUUUUUGAAGCACAAUUAUUGGGAUGAUGACAAUUUCAAGGACACAUGCGGGAUCAUCGUGCACACGGGAGAUCCCGCUGUCUUGUCUGAUCCGUGUUACAUUGCAUGGAUGGCUUCUUUCCAUUCGGGAACGAUGCAUAUCCUCUCGCAUCCGUUGCUCACCAACGAGAGACCGAUCAUUGACCGAUCCGAGGCCCACUAUUUGUCUCUACAGUCACUGGAUGCCGAUCAAUACCCACAUGUCAAGCAGCUGGUCAGAGACGAUAGUCAAGUCGUUUUUGCACGCCUCUUUGGUGCAGUUGCAGAUGUACGACCGCUCAAAGGUGACCAAAGUUUCCUGCUGGACACAAGUGUAGUGGACCAGACUAAACAGACUUCACGCAGAAGCUCAGCUCAUCAUAAAAUCGACGUUGACGCCGCUCAAAGGAGUAAGCCUGAAGUCUCUGAUGCACUGAAAGCAUACGAGGAAGCGAUCAAGCGAACGGCGACGACGGUACAGUCCUUGGUAAAUAUUCAAGCCGAGGAUUUUCCGGGUUGUGAUGUGGAGGUCGUCACGCUCGGAACAGGUUCAGCAGGACCGUCUAUUUACCGCAAUGUCGCUGCCACGCUCAUAAGAAGUCCAGACGGCUUGAAUGUCUUACUGGACUGCGGUGAGGGCACAUUGAAUCAAUUGCACAGGGCUUUUGGAGCGCAGCAAGCGUCUGAAAUGAGGAAAAUCAAGAUGAUUUACAUCUCGCAUCUACAUGCCGAUCACCAUCUGGGCCUUAUCGGAGUGGUUCGACAAUGGAUGCAAGUCAACGCACGGAACGAGGAUAAGCUUGUGAUUCUCGCGCCUGUCAAGCUGCUAAGAAGUAUCCGCGAAUACGAUGCCAUGGAAGGCCUUCAGCUGCACCGGCUGUGCCUUCAAUCAACAGCCGAACUGUAUAACAGCCAGCAGACUCCGCCCAACACGAGCACUUAUCGACAAAUGCUGGAGAUUGUGCCUCAACUUGAUCGCAUUGAGACUGUGCCGGCUAUCCAUUCUGAGAGAAGUACUUGCCUUAGGCUUGACCAUCGAGACGGAUGGAGUGUUGCAUUCUCAGGAGACACGAGGCCUUCAAGCCAAUUCAUGAAGCUAGGUCACGGAGUCACCUGUCUAAUUCAUGAAGCGACCUUUCAGAAUAGCAAAUCAGACGAGGCCAUCAAGAAGAAGCACAGUACCGUCAACGAAGCAUUGUUUGUCAGUCAAGAAAUGCAAGCACAUGUGACCAUUCUCACCCACUUCAGCCAACGCUAUCCAAAGCUGCCGGUACUGGAGGAUGAUGAGUCAACAGUUUUAGCAGGGCGAAACAUUGUUUGUGCACACGAUCUCAUGCACAUCAAACUCAAGCACGCUUGGAAGGACGCCUACUAUCUGAAAGACGAGCUCGCAUUGGAAAAGUGUCUCGAGACCCUCCGAGCGCAAGGCACAUUGCCUGCCGAAAAAGAGGACGAAACAAUCAGUAAUGAAUAGAAUCUACAUAUUUAUCCCAUUCGAGGCUAGCAAAUCUGUAAUUAGAGAAAGAACUGCUGGCGAGGCCGUUUCCUGAGGAAAUUCAAAUUUGUUGAG